UUAAUAUGGCUGUCACCGUUCUGCCGAAUUUCUCGUGACUAAUCCCACACUGACCAUCGAGAAAACAUCUAUUUUUCGAAAGAAAAUGAGCAGCCCGGCCCGUUUAUCUGAACAUGAAUCGCCACCAAGUCUUGACGGGUGCUGUCAAUCCCGGGGAUCGUUGUUUUGCUGUUGGAUACGUUGAAGGCGUUCCUUUCACAGCCUACGCCUCCGGCUGCGACAUUGUCAUCUUGUCCAGCAACUUCCAACGAGUGCAGAUCAUUCCUGGGGAGAACCAGGGCAAUAUCCAAGUGGGUUGCAUCGACUGCUCCACAGAGAACGGAAAGAUUGCAGCAUCCUUUGCAAAUCAAGUGUACAUAUUUGAACCAACUCCUCAAGUACCAGCACUCAAGAAGGGCUCACAUAAGCUCGACUACCAGUGGUACAAGACUGGUGGCUUUCAGACAGACUCACUCGUCAGUAAUCUCUCUUGGAAUCACAAUGGGUCGAAGAUUCUCAGCGGCAGUGACUCCAUCCAGCUUUGGGCCGGCGUCAACGAAGGGGGCGCACUUAAUGGCGCAGCCAGGAUAAAUGGCGCGUUGGACCCCAUAAGGCCCAAGAAAGGCUCCCAGUGGGAGAAUAUCUGGACUUGCACGACAGCAACACCAGUCUUCCAUUUGCUUUUCUCCCCUGAUGGGCAGUUUUUUGCAUCUGCCGGAAAGGCGGACAGACUGGUGAAGAUAUGGUACCAGACUCGUAAACCUAGCUUCAAGACCGGCGCCCCGACAGAUGAUGAAACAUCCAAGGAAGAUGCGUACAGUUUUGUGUAUAUCGCCCAUCCCAGGGCGGUUACCGGAUUCUCUUGGAGGCGUACCAGUAAAUAUAUGACAAGUGGAACAGUAGCCAAUAUUUUAGUGACGUCUUGUCGGGAUAACAUCUGUCGUCUGUGGAGUGAGACCCUGCUCCCCAGCAGCGAGCUGAUGGAAUCCUCUACCAGUAACCUGAAUAUGAUCAACAAGAGGCGGGAUUCCCGUCAUCACAAGCGGCCAACCUUCAGUCUAGGAAUGAAAGGAAGCCGGAGAAAGAGAAAGUCGGGGGGAAGUUCAGCUAAUGCCACCAGUUCCAGCAAUCAGGAAACCAUGGAGAUUAGCGGGCACGGCGGCCUACCAUUGCACUUCCACAUCGCGGCCACAAUCAACCCCAACACAGACAUACCACUGCUUCCAGCCAUGGGUAAGAUGUCCAAGGGUAACACUCCGAACUUUGUGGUCAACUGGCUGAACAACAAGGAGCUGCAGUACACACUGGCAGCAGAAACGCUGCUUCAGAUCAAUAAAGAUGACAAAUCAGAGAGCGACUUGGACGACUCCUCAUCAGAGGAAGAGUCUUCGUCCUCGGAAGACGAGGGCAUGGUCGACGGAGUGAACGAAGGGUCGGAGGAGACGGAAUCUGAUCAAACUAGCCCAACUGUAACCGGAGCUGAUGAGCAUGAUUCUGGCAAUUCUGGCUCUGCCCAGAAUGGGUCAAUCCAGUCCGGACGGGCCACACCUCCUGAAAUUCUGACAGUGGAUGCCAAUGGUUCCAUCAACAAGCCGUUGACCCGGCCGGAGAAUCUAGGCUCGUUUCCUUCAGUGCCCCAGCUAGCCAGCCUGGCCCACAUUGGGUCUACACCCCUGGCCCGGCUGCAGAAGAAGUUUGACACCCUGCUGCGGGAGUGGAACCAGUCCCCGGACAUGCUCUUCAGCAUCCAUCCGAUCGACGGCUCCUUCCUGCUCUGGCUGGUGGACUGGGUGGACGAGGCCAUCCCGGGAGUCCACCGCCAGCCGCAGGUCAGCUUCUCCUGCCGCAUCCCCCAGGCCUUUCCGGUUCAUGAUGCCACCACCCUCUGCUCCAACCUGGUGCUGUACCGCAGCAACCUGACCAUGGAUCCACGGGCCGGCCGGCGACAGCCCGGGUUGGUGUCACCCCGGGAGGACCGUCCAGGGCUGACCCCCAGCUACAGCUUCUCCCAGCGGCUUGGCAUGGUGCCGCCAGGGGUCAACAUCUAUGCCUUCACCCCCAAGGUCUCCAUGCUCUCCAAGCAUUCCAACGGGACACUGAAUCAGUGGGAGAUUAGCUUCUCUGAAAACUCCAAGUUCCAGACAGUCCUGAAUGUUGCCCACAACUCGCGCUGCUGCGGACACCGCUUCAGCCUCAAUGACAUCUCUUGCCAUCCCGUGCUGCCCCUCUUGCUCUCCACCUCACACCACAACAUCCCCAAAGUCGAGGUAGACCGCAAAAUUGUGACCAGUCGGACUCACAGAGUGUCAUCUUCGACGCGGAAGGCUUCCCUGAUCUCGGGGGAUGGAACGGAUUCUACCAACAGCAUCAGGCGGAGGAGCUCCAUCAACCUGUUUGGCCGUAGCCUCUUGUCCGAGAGCGAGCACCAGCGACUCAUGUCACUGUACAACUCCAGCGCCGACAAUGAUGAGCUGGAGAUGGACCCAACAGAGAAGGACGAAGUGGUCAUCCCAGACGAGAUGAUGGAGCAGCUCAACCAGGAGAUGAACUGGCCGGACAUGAGCGCUCCCACAGGCCUGUGCAGCGAGCUCAUCCUGUGGCGUGUCUUCCCCGUGGGGCCCCUCACCAAACGCGACGGCCUGGUGGAGCUGGCCCGGAUCAACUCCCCCUUCCUCUCUGCUUUCUCCCACGUGGCCUGGUUCCCAAGUCUCUUGCCCAGCUCCUGUCUGGGAGCACUGUCCAACUCACCCAGUGCUUGCUUUGUGGCCUCAGAUGGGUACAGCCUCCGUGUUUUCCAAACAGUGAUUGAUGCAAGGUCUUUCCUGACUGAGGUCCUACCCGGAACAGACCAGUUUGAGGGUUAUCUCAGCAGCAGCUCACCAAUCAAGAAGUUCAUUGAUGCUAAGACCGACGGCGAACACCGGCAACACAAGACUAGCGUCAUCAGUUUACAGUCCACAGCACGCCCUGGGUGCAUCUUGGAGCUAGAUGCGUUAUCAUCUGCAAAACAGGUGUGGAACAACGUCCAGCUCAUGCACAUCUUCCCGCACCAGAGUAUCACGGACAAUUUCCCCAUUGGGGCCUCCCUUACUGGCCAGCCCACCGAUGCCAGCCGGCCCUACACCGACAGGUUCUAUCUGGUGGUCCUGGACCGCAAUGCGGCAGGCGAGUCCAUCAUUCACAUGUGGUACUUGUACAUGAAAGCCAAGGUGCUAGAAGUUCCAAACAAGACUGAGGAGCAGCAAGCAGAUGGAGACAUCCCUGAUGAUUCCUCAGUGGACUCCUCCGACAGCGAGUCACCACAGUUUGACCCUAGUGGUGCCCCACAGGCCACUAUGAAGGUGCGCACCUACUCCCGCAAGGUCUGCACCCAAAAGCUGAGCCUCCCCACGGGCGUGGACAUUGUGAGUGCCACGCCCUCAACCAGCCACCUCAGCUCAUCCACUAUCUACCCGUCCCUCCUCUCCACCUACAUGCUCUCUACAGCCUGCUCAGACGGCAAGCUGCGCUUCUGGUGCUGCAGGGUGUGCAGCCCCGGCAGGGAAAAUCUCGGCAGUGCAGAGGACCUGAAGUUGGAGCUGGACUCAUUGGGCUCGGAGUCCAGUUCAGUGGAGGACCCUUGCACAGUGCUCACAGGCGACGUGCUAGCUGAAGCCUCCUACCGCUGGCAGGAGUGGAAGCUGAUGGCGCAGGACGCCAAUCCAAGCAGCAUCGUCGAGGUCGCAGGCAGCCCUAUAGCAGUCAGCUGCGCUUACACUGGAAGAAUAGGCUGUGUCUAUCGGACUGACAUCAGUCCCAACUCGCAGGUGCGCCGGAGAGACCCCCUGGUGAUCCCACUGCAAGCUUGCAUCUUUGAGUGCGAGUCCAGCGGAGGCUCCGAGUGGAUCUUUGAGGACAAGCUGGAUCUGGGCCUGCUGGAUCUGGCACCCCUGAACCAGGAGACUGGAAGCAAUGUGGAGGACCUGAACUACAAAAUGAUGAAGCGCAGCUCCAAGGUGGAGGAUUUUGUCAACUUCAGAGAACUGGCAAACGUCAGCCCUGCUGCAUUGGACCUGACAAAUGUCAAUCUCAGCCCAAGGGCAGGUCGCAACCGGAGAAUGAGUCCCUCCUUCCUAGGAGAGAAAAUGCAGCUGCCUGUCCAGUUGAUGUGGGUCUCCAAGGAAGAUGGGUCUCACAUGCUGACAGUCGGUAUGGGUAUGCGGGUCGUAGUCUAUGCCCCCGUGCUACCUAAUCGAGCCAACAUCCAGCUGGGAUCUCUCCAAGAGAAGCUCCUGGAGCAGGGCUUGCUUGUCAACCAGAAGUCCCAGGGUGCCGGGGCAGCACUGCUCGCGAAGGAGGACCUGAGGCCCAAGUGGUUGCCCCUCUGGACCAUCGCGCUGACCAGUGUUGAUGGCAUCUCACCCCACUCCAAGAUGCUGUCAUGGGUGCGGCCAGGCAUCCUGGUGGUGGGCUUGCAGAACGAGAUGCACGUCUACUCUCAGUGGAAGGGUACCGAACAGCAGGCAAGCAGUACCAAAAAGAAAUCAACCAGACGAGAAGCAGAUUCCCUGAAGAGGCCUGGACUGAAUGCCAAGGAGUCGACCAUUUCCAGUGUCUCCAAUCUCUCUGUGGACAUACUAGCCCUGCCAAUGACCAAAAUGGAUAGGGAGCAGUCCUACUCUGAGCUGACAAGGUUUUCUGGAAUCGAUGUUGAAGACCCUGCAGGAGUUGAGGCAAUCGAGCCAGAGGAGCUCACAUCUGACGUUGGUGUCUUUGAGUACUCUUACAUGGCCUGCCCGGUGCUGCCACAGUACCAUCCCAAGCAGCUGAUGGAGCUCUUGAACUGUGGCAAGGUACGUCGUGUCAAAGCCAUCCUGGCCCACUUGGUACGCUGCCUCGCUGGUGACAGUGCCAUCCAGAAAGCGCUGCUCUCUGGCGACAAUGACUCCAUCAACUCCUUACCUGAGACUGAGAACAACUUCUCAACACGGCCCAGAUCUUGCAGCAACAGCCCUGUAGACCAGCCUUCCAUGGACGACUCCAAGCUGGACUACAUAGAACUUGUGUCUAUCCCACCGCUGCCACUAUAUGCGCUCAUAGCAGCUGACAAAGCCGAGUCUCUGCCCCCACAGUCAACCCCCGUCGUCACCAAGGCCAACAACCUGGGAUCCACACCUGCCACCAAGGAAUCCAACACUGAAUAUUCCACCCUCUUCUCCUACAGCUUGGACACCUCCGUCUCGCCGACCUUCGACGUCUUUGCAGAGCCGACGUCCGGUGAUCGGAUGAGCAGUGUCACAAUGAAGAUGCAGGAUGUGACGUAUUUCGGCAUAGCCCAACUGCGUUUGCUCACCAACUAUCUGACCCACAUGCACCUUCCUGGACUGAGUAGCCUGGAUCAGAUGAACCUCCUAGCCCUGGCUGACACAGUGGCUUCCACCAAGACUGAGGUUACAACCCACAACACAGCAGGAACAGGGACUGCAAUAGGCAAAGAUGGAGCAGGGUACGCCCACACUACAGGCACAAUAUCUACCCACGCAGGUGAGACACUAGAUGAAUGCGGCUUGAGAUUUCUCCUUGCCAUGCGAUUCCACGUCUGCCUGCUGCGCUCGUUACCACCACGACAACAGGUCCAGCUGCGCCAUCAGGGCUUAGCCACCUCCCACUUUGCCUGGGCCUUCCACUCGGAGGCCGAAGAGGAACUCCUCUCUGUCAUCCCCGGCAACCAGAUGGGCAAGCCCACGUGGGCGGAGCUGCGGGCAAUGGGGGUGGGCUGGUGGGUCCGCAAUGACAUCACACUGCGGAGGUGCAUGGAGAAGCUCGCCAAAGCGCAGUUCCAGGCCAACAAGAACCCCCUGGAUGCCGCAUUGUUCUACCUUGCCAUGAAGAAGAAGACGCUGGUCUGGGGUUUGUUCAGGUCAGUCAGUGAUGCCAAAAUGACUCAGUUCUUCAGCAAUAACUUCAGCCAAGAGCGGUGGCGGAAAGCGGCCCUCAAGAAUGCCUUUGCCCUGCUGGGACGCCAGCGCUUUGAGCACGCUGCAGCCUUCUUCCUCCUAGCCGGCUCCCUGAAGGAUGCCAUUGCAGUCUGCUUGGAUAACAUGGAGGACAUCCAGCUGGCCAUGGUGAUCGCGAGGCUGUACGAGGAGGACUUGGAGAUGCCCACGGCCCAGAAGGAGCUUCUCUUUCAGUUUGUGCUGGGACGCGACAAGGAGGGGAACAAGAUGGAAGGUAGCCAACCCUCCAAGGACCCCUUCCUGAGGAGCAUCUCCCACUGGAUGCUCAAGGAGUACAGCCAGGCCUUGGAGACACUCAUCAUCCCACCGGCGAGAGCCAAAAAUAACAGGCAGCAGGUGGAUGUCGAUGAAGAGCACUGGGGCAACCCAGACGUCUUCAACUUCUACAACUACCUUAGGACCCACCCGCUGCUGAUACGGCGGCAGUUUGCCGACCAGGACAAGCCGGCCAAGGGCUCGUCGGUCCUGAUCACGGGCCUCACGAGCGGGGAGGAAGGGGACAGCAUCAUCAAGGAUGAGAUCACAAACGUGGAGAGGAAGUUGUUCUUUGCGACGGCACACGCACACUCUGCUGCGGGCUGCCCAAUGCUGACGCUGGAAGUACUGUCAAAGCUUCCGCACGUAAAAUCAGAUGGGUCUUGUGCCCAAGACAGCACCAAGACAACCACUGAUGCGGGCAAGUCAACCAACAACCACGAAAGCAGUACUGACCUGAUUAGCUCAGGAACAAUCGGCAGCUUCACGGACUCUGGGAUAGAGUGUCAGACCUCCAAAAAGACCAGCGAAUCUGUUGACUGGAGUCAGCCAUUGACCAAUGGCAAGGUGGACCUGGGCUUAGAUCUAGAUUGGAGCCAGCCGGUAGGAAGCAAGUUUGAAGACGAACUGAAACUGGAAUGGAGUGACGACAGCACUGAAGAAAGUGACGAGGAGGACGAUGCUGGGAAACCGGUGCAGCCAGCUAUUCCAAAUCACUUGCAGAACGGCGACACUACCAGCAAGGGAACUGAGAGCAAGAAGGAGCCAUCAGAUGGUGAGAUUGGAACAGUGGAUGUCUUUUCCCAGCAGCUGAAGUUCUCCUCUUGCCUGAAGAUCAUGAUGGAGGAGCUGAGGACACUGGCCACGGGGUUCGAGGUGGAGGGUGGACAGUUGCGCUACCAGCUGUACAUGUGGUUGGAGCGGGAGGUGGAGAUGCUGAAAGAGCUAUGCAACUACGGGGCCAUGGGUGUCCUAGGAAUGCCGGAGGAGGCUGAGAGGGACUGGGAUCAGGAAAUGGAGAAUGGUGAGGCCGAGCGGGCCCUCCAUGCCCGCUGGAUCGACCUGGAGGAGAAGCGCCAGCGAGCCGCCCGGCGUAAGAAGUGGUUGAAGUUGCACCACCACCUGCUGCGGACGCUGAUGAGCUACGCCAUCAUCUAUGGGCUGAACGGCGGCGGGCUGACCUCAGUGGCCAUCGAGCUGCUGCUGCUGAGCCAGGAAAUCCAGCAGGAGAGCCUUCAGCGGCAGCUGGCCACGCCUCUUCCCCUGCCUACCACGCUGCCGCUGCUGUCGGCCAGCGUGGCCACCUGCAAGACAGUCAUGACCGACCCCAUCCUCUACCUGCGCAACUUCAUGCAUGACAUCCUCAACGCCAUCCUGGACCUGACUGCGCCGCCCAGCCCCAAACGGCACCCGAGCAUCAAGGUGCAGACUGUCCACCGCAACAGCAUGGCGCUCUCAGCCUGCAUUUACCAGACACUGUGUGACAGUGACAGCUUCAGCGGCGCCGAGUCCUUCACCAAAGCCACAGGGAUGGAUGCCUACGAUGGGCGCAAUACCAAUGUGAUGUACCGGACGGGCAAUCUCGUCAGCGUUAGCCGAAGAAAGAGGAAUGCCAGUAAUGAUGGGACACUAACUGUGACUUCUCUGCCAGCCAAGUGGCCCGGGGUUGCGACGCUCAUCGCUCUGCUCAACAACGAGAGGGACGUGGAUUCCUCCACCCCGAACGUCUUCCUGUGUGAGAGCCUCUUCUCCGUCUACAUGAGCAUCCUGGUGCAUGCCAUGAUGUCUGGCAAUGCCAAUGAGCUCUUCCGAUUGGCCGCCCACCCGCUAGACACCAAGAUGUGGUCUUCCGUUUUUGGAGGAGGGGCCAAAGUGCUUGAUCAUCCCAAACCUGCUCCGGCCAACGCACCCAGCUCGGGAGAUCAGACGCUCACCAAGCAGCGUAAUCGCUACAUGCUGCGUCUGAUGGGCAAGGCCAGCAGCGGGCGUAUGCCAGCCUCAGCUGAGGAGGAGAAGCCCACACCCAGAGAGGUCUUUGUGCCUCCUGAGACGAGCAUCAUGGACUACUUUAUGGUCAAGCCCUACGUCCCACCCUCGCAGGAGGGGAUCGACUUUGACUCAGAUGCCAGCGACAGCUCGGACGAAGAGAGUGAUGGUGACUAUGACGGCCACGACGACGGGGAUGACCUGGACCCCUUCGCUCCCAAGAAGCCCCCCAAGCCCGGCCCGGGAGAGGCAGAGCACUCAGACUUCAACUCCUACAGUUGGUGCCUGAUGCGUUACGCCUUCGUCAAGCUGAUUCUACAUAAGAUGCAGUGCUUCCUGCCAAUCAGUGGUAUAGAACUGGCAGAGCUCCCCGUGGCCUCCCCCAAGCUUCACAGCAUUCUCAAACUCCUGGAGCAGUGGCAGCAAGCCCUGAUGAGGAAGCUGGACCUGUUUGCCGGCCCGCCCUUGGACUACAUCCCGGGAUGCAACGUGGACAUGCCCAGCGCUGUGGGCGGCCCCGCCCUGCUGCGCUACAAGGGCCUCCUGGAACCCACCAACACGCCCUUCAGGUGCAAGCACAGAGCCGCUCUAUCAACCAAACGUCUGUGGAACUACCUCGUGAGACAAGAGGUGGUGCAAGACAUCUUCAUUACCUACAUCUUUAAAAAGAAGAGGGGAAUGGAAGACAUGGUUGACUCAGUUCGUGGCCUUCCAGCCUUUGGCACAGUGCCGACUUCCAAAGUCCGCAUCAUUCACAAGGAACAGGAGAAAAUCCCAGCCUUUUGCUUCAACAAGGCUGACUGGAAGAACGUGACAAUGAAUGGAGAAUACCGAGCAAAUCCCACCGGUGUGGUUGUAUCCACCCAACGUGGCCUGCUGGAGCUGGACAUAUCGCUCCUUCUGAACCCACAACAGACCUUCUGGAUGGAGGAGGAAAUUGAUGAGCACUCCACUCCGCGAAACCGAGGCACUACUCUGAGUCAUUUGGAAGAAGACUUCUUGAUGGUCACACCCAUCGAGCGCCCGGUAGCCAACCCUUUCUCCAACUCCUCCAUCCCUGCCUCCCGGAUCUCCUCCGGCUUCUCCAACGAGCUGAAUCUUUCCAACCAAACAGGGCGAGGCACCAACAUCAUAACGAGUCGUCCGUUGUACCACAUCCGGAGACUAGCUGCCCAUCCAUCAUUACCGUAUUAUCUCAGUGGGUCGAAUGACGGCAGCGUCCACAUGUGGGAAUGGGGUCACACCCACAAACUCUACACCCAUCGGUUUCCCGGCCAGUACCCCAAGGUCACCCAGAUGUACUUCAACGACCAAGGCAAUAAGUUCGGUGUCGCAGACGACAGCGGCAAACUCUCCCUGUGGCAAGUUGGGAUGAAUGCGCCGACUGUCACCAAGCCAUUCUGGAGUAAGCUGUGCCACAACAAGGCCUUGUACGACUUCAGCUUCCUGGGGUCGUCCAGUUUCCUGGCCACGGCGGGGCUGUCGUCGGAGAGCAAGAAUCUCUGUCUGUGGGACACGCUGAUGCCCAUGAGCAAGGCCAUGAUUCACAGCUUCACCUGCCACGAGGGUGGCUGCCCCUGCCUCUCCUACUGCCCCCGCCAGCAGAUCCUCAUCACGGGCAGCAAGAAGGGGGACAUUUCCAUCUACGACAUCCGGCAGCGCAAGCUGCGACACACCUUCCAGGCGCACGACACAGGCAUCAAGUGCCUGACGAUCGACCCCUCGGAGGAGUACUUCGUGACCGGGUCAGCUGAGGGCGAUAUCAAGGUGUGGUGCCUGUCCGUCCACAGCCUGCUGCACUUCUACCCUGGCCAGCACCCGCGGGGGAAUUUCUUCCGGCAGUCGGGCAACGGGGUGCUGCAGCUGGCCAUACUGCCCUCCAGCCACCUGUACUCCUGCGGUGGGGACGGCACCAUGAAGUGGCGCUCCCUGCCCGAGUGGGACAGCAUCUUGUAGCUGGGCCGCAACCAUCGCCGAUCAUGCCACAUGCCCAAAGAAGAACAUGAAUCCCUGAAUUAAGAAAGAACUGAAUAAGAGUGUUGCUGAUGUUGACAUCCUGCACACUAGUGUUGAACCUUUGCCAAGGGACGUUGUACUCAACCAAAUUCUUGUGUUCCUGAAACCAGAGUUAACCAUUCGGGGUGUAAACAUUAAUUCCCAUAUUUAUUUUACAUGUUCAUGUGGACAUUCCUUUGUUUUCUGGCAAUUAAAAAAAACUUGAAGAAAAUAGUCUUGUUUACCCUCCACUGCAAAAAAACAUCCUGCAAGCUGGCUGUUUGAUGAUAGCAUCAACGACUGUUCCUCAGAGUGUUGAAGCAGACAACCUUGAUCCCAAAAUGCCUCUGUUCUUUCAGAUGGAGAGGUAAAUAGGCAGACUUUUGCAAGUUCAUCGAAGGCUCCCAAAUCCUAUAUUUUGUUGGUUAUACGCGUGGUUCCCAUUAACAGUUUUCGAGGUUAGGGGUCAACACAUUCCAAUGGGAUGUGACUUGUAGGUUACUUAGUCUUUUGAACCAUUUUCAAUUCUGCCAUUGUUUUCACAGCGUUACUUUGAUGUUUGUCCUACAAAUGCUGAAUAACAUUUAAAAAUGUAACAGUAGAUGGCCCCACUGCCCAAACAGGAGUAAUGCUACUUACAUGUGUAAGAUAUUUCAGGUGAACGUUUAUCAAUAAAAAGAAAACCGUUUCAAUAUAUCUGCGUAUCAUUUUUCAAACUAAUAAGCAAUAAUGUGUGGUAGGUGUUAUAAUCAUCAACGUGUCUUUUCUAUUUUGUUUUUUUUUUAUUUGUGAUUUAUUGUGUUGUUUGAAGUGAGUGUACAGCCCAGCUGCCCUGCUGAUUCAGUGAAGUCUUCUGAAGCCUCAGUUCUUUAUUGUAGAAGUUCAUGAAGUAAACAUUGUUGCUUCUAUUCACGUUGGUUAGGGUAUUUCGAAACAUUAGGUCAUCAAGCCGUGCUGUGGUGAAGACCAUAGCAAGACCAGACAUAAGACCAGUCACAAGUAACAGGGUUUAACAGUGGCUAUAGUGUGGAGGGGUUGUUAGGCUGCUAUCUUGCAGGCCAGUGCUAUGGUUCCACAGGGUAUGCACAAAGAUGGUUUCCCUGUGGAACAGAAGUACUGCCCUGC